AGCAGAUUCAAACUGCACCACGCGAGCAAGCGUCCUCCAUCGAAGAACGAAUUCAUUCAGCCAGUUUAUUCAAGUCUACUAUUCUCUGUUCACCAACGAUGUUUGGAGCAAAUGCUGUUUGCGUGCUUUUUAGCAUGCUUCUGGUGGCAGUUAUGAGUCAAUCAUCUCAAGAUAAAACAGCUGGAACCAUUCAGUCUUCUAUUAGUCCAGAUGAGACCACUGCAGGCACAAUCGGGUCAACAACAGCGAGUCCACAUUCUGAAGAUCAAGCAACCGAGAUCGGUCAGUCUCCUGAGAGCCCAGACGAGACCAAUUGUGUCACAAACGGCUCUAACAACGUUUUGAAAGUUCUGCAAGAGUUCGACAAAUUCGUCGCGCUGUCUACAACUAAGAGCACCCAAAGGAACGAUUCCUGUGGAGUGGUAACAAAGAACGGGGACAUCCAGUGUAAUCAGUCUACAGGAGCAGUUACGGGAUCCUACUCUUUUGAUUUCACCUAUAGUUCCAUAAAGUUGGAUGGUCCCGCCAAUAUUACAGCAUAUCCCAAGAAAAAUAACAUCGAAAUUCGUAUUAAAGACCCAUGGCCAAUGACACUACAAUACAGGCUCAUUGAAAACACUGGAGACUGCUUCAUCUUGGAAGGCAUAUCCAAUCCAUUACUCGCAGGUCCAGGUAGAGAAACCUACCAGAUUGCCUUUGCCAAACCCAAUUUGCCUGAAGACAAGAAGAAUGAGUGUGCGAUUAAACUCGGGCAGAAUGCCACGGUCUUCGACAAUUGCAAGGAGAAUGAGGCUUGAAAAGCAAAUCGCUGAAUAAAAACUCGGUUUGUCCUUUCUAUAGAACACAACAGUUAA